AUGGUCCUGGACCCCCAGUUGUCAAGCAACAUACUGUCACACUUCCCUCGAUUCAAAGACGUCAAAGGAUUGAUUGAACAAGAUUUUGUUCUGAUGUUUGGUGAGGAUGUAUCUGGCAAGUUUCUGGAGAAAUGGCCAACAAUGUUCAAGGAGAAGAUAAUCAAGCAGUGCAGAAAGCUUCCCUCCACCACAGAGCUAAAUGACCUCCUAUUGGCUGCAGAUCCUCAGGAGGAUGAUGCUGAUGGUGCUGACUUUGGCUGGGAUAGUGACUUUGCUUCUAUUUUGUUGCUUCUGCAUCUUGUUCCACCCACUGCUCAAGGCCGUAAGAAACCGGGGAAGAUGUCAGCAUCUCAAGCAGAAAAACAUCUUGUGGUCUUCAAGAAGAGUGGCACAAGUAUCGAAGAACAUCUCGACACCAUCACUUCUAGCACUCAGCCUUAUCUCCUUGCUGUUGGCACCCAAAGGAACAGGAUCAGCCAGUACUUCAUUAUCCUGGACAAGACUGCCAUCCCCUGUAUGUCUAACUCCUCUUUAAGUUCUUUUGAUGAGUUGUUUAAGGCACAUUUUGUGUUUGGCACAUCAUACCACACCAUGUUGUACAACAUGUACACAUUCAUUCAGACCACAAUUUACAAUAUUGAUGUUGGCAAGGUGAGGGAGAGACCCCGUAUUGCAGAAAUAAGAGCAAGGUUACUUCAUUAGUGUUUCUAUGAAGUGCAGUGUUUGCCGAGCUGAGUUCCAGAGUUCAAAUUUGCUUGUUAGGCAUAUCAAACUGUUCCAUGGGUUUCUUCCAGGAAAAACCCUCCGUCUUAGAUGUGUUGAGACUGGAUGUGGUCGUGUGUUUGGUUCCUUCUCUGGGUUUAGAAAGCACUUAAAUGCCAAGCACAGUGACCAUAGUGCAACAGCUACUGAAUUGGCUGAUGUUGUCCCAGAUGUUGGUGGCAGUUGUCAAAGUGAGACACACAUGGGUUACAUGGAAGAGAGAACUUCAGAUGAGCUUCAACCUUCUAACAAGAGCACUCUAGAUAUAUGCGCCUCUGCAGUUGCACAGCUUAAGGCAGCUGGUUUAAGUCAGUCAACCCUGAAUGGUUUUGUUUCUUGCAUGGAGGAAGCUUUUACUGAGAUCCACAUUCAGGCUAAAAAUGCAGCUUUACAGUGUUUGUCUUCACAGGAUACAGAAAUUAUGAACAAAAUUGAGCAGUCCUUUCAUAUGCUUGAGAAUCCAUUUACACCCAUAAAUUCAGAAAGUAAACGAGUAAAACAUUUUGCUGAGAAAUGGAAAAUUGUUGACCCAGUUGAAAAGGUUCUUGGCACACGAUUUGAUAGUAGAAGAAACAAAUCUACUGGUACCUAUGAGCAAGUUGUUGUUACUGAUAAAUUUGCAUACAUCCCAAUUUUGGAAACCCUAAAAACUGUUUAUCUAAACCCUAAUCUGGCCGUAAUUUUAAACAGUCCACAUAAUGAAAAUGAAGGCACAUAUUCGGACAUAAUGGAUGCCACCUAUCUGAAAGAAAAUCUUCUCUUCUCUCAGAAGAUAGAUGCUUUGCAGAUUCAGUUGUUUUAUGAUGAUUUUGAAACUGCAAAUCCUCUAGGCUCCAAAAAGGGGAUUCACAAAUUGGGUGCCAUUUAUUUUACAUUGAGGAAUUUCCCACCGGUUUAUAAUUCUUCACUAUCAAAUAUUUACUUGUGUGCUCUUUUUCAUGCCCAAGAUGUC